CAAACCCAGGAGCCUAAUAUCCCUAAUCAUCGUCGCAUUUUACUGACGUCAUCACCCGCCUCACUGGAGAGUCGUGCUUGAUACGUUACACGUGUGGUUGUUGCAAACUUUUCCCGAUGGCGUCCUCGUUCUCUCAGGAGCUCGAGGAUUUGUUGAAUCCUUUGCCUAAAUUCGUGGAUCCCGAGGACGAUGGUGACGAAGCGACCAAAGCCAAAGUCAUCGACAAAUUCAAUGACGACGAAGACGGAGAGGGACUCGGCCUCAGUGCCCUGCGGAAGCACAACACAUCUCUGCUGUCAGACACAGACCGGCGGUACGUGGGGAAAGCAGUCUCUCGUAAACAGCUGCUGAUAGAUAUCGGGGGAUCUGGUGAGGAGGAAGAUGAUGAUGAUGAUGCAGACGAGGAGGAGGAGGAGGAAGGCAGCAUGGAAGGGUCGGACGAUGAGGAAGGAGAGGAUUCCAUAUUGAAUAAAGAGCUUGAUGAUGAUGAAAACAAUCUGGAAGAAGAUGACGAGGAAGAGUUGGUGGCCAAGACAAAAGCCUCUGGCAUGAGCUUUCCUCAGGGAGUGGAUUUCCACAAGCUGACAGAGGGCAUGGAUGACCUGGGAGUGAGUGAAGACGAUGAGGGUGAUGAUGAUAGUGACGAGGAGACUGGCGGCAGUGAUGAAGAUGAAGCCUCUGAUGAUGAUGACGACAUGGAGGAAGAUGAUGGUGAGGAGGAGGGAACCGUGCGCACAUUUUCCAAAGAGAAAGUAGAUGAAGAGGUCGAGAAAGGGAAAGCCGUGAAGAACCAGCUGGCCCUGUGGGACCAACUGCUCGAAGGACGAAUCAAAUUCCAGAAAGCUUUGGUGACGGCCAACCAGCUUCCACAGCCGCAGACCCUCUCGGAGUUUAAGAGGAGGGGUGGAGCCGAGAUGGCGGGGGCGCUGAAGAACACACACAAGGCUUUAAAGGCUCUGCAAAGGUCCCUGCUGGAGCUGCAAGAUCAGCUGCUGUGCCAGAACACAGACACGAGGCCCAUCGCUCUGGGCAAGACAGGGGCUCAGGGUGAAGAUGAGGAGAUAAACAGCGACGAGAAUGACGACGAAGAGGGAUCAGCGCAGGUGGGCGGCGCACCAAAACGAAAAUUGGAGAUGGCAGAGUACCCAGACUUCAUGGCCAAACGCUUCGCUGCAUUCCAGCCUUACCGCAACGCCACGCUGCAGAAGUGGCAUGACAAAACUAGGCUGACCAUGGGUAAGAGCAGCAAGGGUUUUGGGGCAUUUGAUAGGAACAUACUGACUCAGGUGGAGCAGGUGCUGAUGGACAAAGAGAGGCUGGUGCGGCGUACCCAGACCAGACGCUCAGAAUACAGAGUCCUGGGGAAGAGAGAGUCCUCUGCGCUCACCCUGGAGACUGUCCCCAAUGAGGAUGAAGAGGUUGAGCAGCAGCUGAAAGCCAACACCCAUCUCAAAGACGUGGACGAGGACAUCUUUGAUGAUGACGAUUUCUACCACCAACUACUGCGAGAGCUCAUCGAGCGCAGGACGAAUGCAGCAGAUCCCAACGACCAGGUGGCCAUGGGCCGACAGUGGCUGGCCAUCCAGAAAUUACGCAGCAAGAUCAAGAGGAAGGUGGACACCAAAGCCAGCAAGGGGCGCAAAGUCCGAUUCCACAUCCACAGUAAGCUGGUGAAUUUCAUGGCUCCCAUUGACCACAGCUUAAUGAGCGACGAGGCCCGCAGCGAACUCUAUCGUGGCCUUUUUGUUCAGAACUCCUCGGUCAGGGAGUGACGUUUAAGAGGUUCUCAUGUGGAGCAGAUGCUUAGUGCCAGGAUACCACAUAGCCAGAAAGAUGCUGCGCAGCGGUUUGAAUGAGGAGACGGUGCCUGCUGUACGUCAGGAGAGCUGAUUCAGACGAGGCGGAAAGUUACAGUGGUCUGACGUAACAAGAGUCAAUUGGACUCAUACAGUUCUUAAUCAAGACCUUUAGUCUGAGGGACACUUCAGCGUUUGUUGUUGCCCUAGUGACCUGUUUGAUUCAAAAUAUAAUUUGUAUGCGAGUGUUAAGUGGACAAGAAGGAAACAAUAAAUGUGUGAUGUUUUCUUAUGUAA